AAUUCUGAACAAUGUGUUAAUUUACUCAGUUUUUUUUGCUGGUUUAUUUCCGCUACAGCAGGUGGGAUUUAUCAUAUUUGACUAGACAGACUUGAAGCGACAUGGACAUUGAAGUUCUAUAUGAUGAACUUAACUUGUUUGGUAUAGAGACAUAGUUAUUGUGGGUGUAUUACAUUAUGGUGCUCCUAUCCCAGAACGUGAAUUGACUCGACACAUUAUUACUUCAAGAGAAACUGUAAGUUCUUCUUUAUGAAAUUUAUGUACCCUAUCUAAUACUAAUAGAUCAAAAAAUUCUUAGUUGAUUCAUUAUUUGAUAACAAAAGAUCAAAAAAUUUAUGACAACACAUAAUUUGAUAUACAUUUUCUCUGAAUAUGGUUGAAAUUUGCCAACCCUACCUGGAUUUUAUAUGGAGUAUUAACUUGAGGUCGUUACAUGAAUUUAUAAACUUUAUCCAGGAUGGGCCUAAACUAAUAAUCCUAUAUAAAACAGCAAUGGGCAAAGACAAAAAACUAUCACAUGUCACCGCAACUUUAGCCUAACACCAAAUUGAUGAUCAAUCUUUUACUACUAUUGCUACUACUAUAUAUGCCACUUGUGAAUACUGGCUAUUACAGUUCUAUAAAGCACACUUCUAGUUUUUCCAUAGGCCAAGAACUUUUUGUUGUUUAACUAAAAAAAUAAAAAUAAAGAGUGAAAGGAAAAAUGAAGUUAAGGGCUUUUGUUUUUGUGUUAAUGGCAUUUGGGAUGUUUAUAGGGAAGUCCAAUGCCUCUAUUUCCACUUUUAGGGAUUGUUAUUCGAAAUGCUUUGUGUUCUGCUUAAUUGAACCUUCUCAGAAUCUUUGCACUUGUACUUCUAGAUGCUUAAAAGAAUGCAUUUUUAGUUCUGAUCCAGGUAAUAGUUCCUCUAUUAUUGCCACUUCAAACAAUGAUGUUGCAGACAGUAAGAACCUUAACUUCUGCAAGCUAGGUUGUGCUUUCUCUACAUGUUCUGCUCUCAGCACAAAACAUCAACCUAAUGGUGGAAAAAUGGAUGACUGCGUUGGAUCCUGCUCAAGAAUGUGCAUCAAGAACUACUCGUCUCCAUAGAAGUGACACUACUACAGUCUGGAAUAUCUAUUGGACUUGAUUGUUUUUAUCUUUUUCUGUUGGGUGUGUGUGUGUGUUAGUUCCCAUUUUUUUAAAAUUUCUUUUUCUUAUGUUGUUUUCAAGUUUGAAGAUGGAAAAGUAAUUCACGAGAAUGUGUUUCUGCA